AUGCCUGUCACUUGCAUGACUUCAUCCCACCGAAUUGUUGGUGUUAUGAAGGCCGUAAGAGAGUCGGUGCAAACACGACAGAGGGGCAAGUGUGUCUGUGGUGUGUUUGAUGAAUUUCAACCUUUCCAAUGGCAGAGUCUGAUUGAUACGAAGGAUGUUCCCAAUGGGAUUGCUCCUGCCACUCUUCCAUCCACCCGCAAAACAAUACGCCUCACCGACGCACCGUAG